UCUCUCACUCGCAUCGCCAACGCGGACGCGGAAAAGGGGGAGCGCGAGGCCAUGGCGAAGGGCGACGACGCGUUGGCGCGGAAGCGCAGCAGGGUGCGGCGGAAGCGGAUGCGCAGCAGCGAGAACGCCGUGUCGGCCCGCGUCGCCGGCAUCAUCGCCUCCAAGCGCCGCCGCAAGUCCGGCAAGCGGCGCGGCUGCGAGGGCAUGUGCUUCUCCCUCCCCACCCCCGAGGACCCCUUCAACGACCGCCACGGGAAGAAGCGGAAGGGCGACGACGACGACGACGACGUCGACGGGCCCGCCGGAGAUGCCUCCGCCAAGAAGAAGAAUAAGAAGGACUCCAUCGCCAAGAAGAAGCCGGCGAGGGACGCCGCCGCGAACGGCAAGUCCAAGCCGUUGCCUGAGACUGAGAGGGAGAAGGACGGUGCGGAGUACGACCGGCCGUCCAAGUUCCUGGUGGUCUGCCUCAACGCCAUCCGAGACGCUGCGGCGUCCGAGGACGGCGGCGGCGGCGGCAUCCACGACACCGGCUCCUGGGGCGUGGAGCUCUGGAAUUGCUGCUCGGCGGCGCCGCCUACGGAUGUGCUCGACACCAGCGGCCUAUGCGCUACCCGGGAGCAGACAGCUUGGCUCGUCUCCACGGCCUGCGACAUCGUCGCCAGGAAGGAGAAGCUCGGGGUGGUCGUCUCUUGCCCCUUCCUACUCUACCUUGUCCCCUCCCAGGAAAAUGCCGUACAAGUGCGUUCGAUUUGCAAGCCUCUGAAGAGUCUUGGUAUUCAUUCGGUCAGCCUGCAUCCUGGCGCUUCCAUUGAACACCAGAUGUCUGGAUUAAAGAGUUGUGAGCCAGAGUUUCUUAUAUCCACACCAGAGAGGCUGCUUGAACUUGUGGCUUUAAAGGCGAUUGACAUAUCAGGCGUAUCGAUGUUGGUCAUUGAUGGUUUGAAGUGUUUCAUGGACCUCAAUGCCGGUGACAAGCUUUGUUCUAUUAGGGAUGCCAUAUUGAGCAGUCCUCAAAUAACUAUAUUCAGUGACCCAUCUGACCGAAGUGUAGCUGCACUGGCAACGAAACUGCUCCACGGAAGAAAGAUCAGGAGGCUUUGUACAAAUGACUCCGUUACUUCUCGAAGUGCAUUUGUAACACAAAAGAUACACAUAUGCCCAAGAAAGGACCAAAAGGCACCUAAGGUGAAGCAAAUUCUUGAACAAAUUUUAACUAAUCAUGCUAAAAAGACUGCAAAGGUCCUGCUGGUAGCUGCAAGUAAUCACGAAGCACAACAUCUAUCAUCGUCCCUGAAAUUGCAAAAUUGUACCGUGACUGAUGACUCGCAUGACAACUCUUUUACCAUAUGCAGCAGCGUCGGGUUGAUUAAUGUCCUUGUGAAAGACUGGGAGAGCAUGACAGCGACAAAUUUUGAGGACUUUGACACUGUGUUGGUUGCGGACUUGCCUCCUUCAGUUGACGAAUACACUGAUGUCCUUACUGGUGCAAGCCGUCAUGUGGUUGUGGGAGAGGUGCAUUGCAUCUUUUCUAGCGCCGAUGCUCCUCUUGCAAAACCCUUGUCACAGGUUCUCACAAGCUGUGGUCAGGUGGUGCCUGAAUUUCUCAGAAAACUGGCAUCCUCAUAGCAGGAUUGUUUUUCUCAUGACUAUCAUCGUAGUAUACACAAUUGUAUUCAUGGUCCUCGAAGUCACUAUAAACAGUUUUGUCAGUUUAUUGUUCCUUUCCAUGUAAUUCUCGCAGUAUAAUGAGGACAUUUCGGCCUUGAUGUAGCUUUGUAACAUCAUAUUUUGUUGAUGCAAGCAAGUACUUGCCUGUGAAACAAAUUGCCUUUGCAUUCAUUAACAUUACAUGCCACAAUAAUCAAGUGCAGACCACUGA